AUGAAUCCGCGAGUCUAUGUAACGCGCGUGGAGACGUUCUCAGCAGCACACCGUCUAUUUAAUACAAGGCUUGAUGAGGAAGAAAAUAUUCGGAUUUUCGGAAAAUGUGCGGGUGAAAAUGGACAUGGCCAUAACUUUAAGAUAGAGGUAACCGUUCUCGGUGAAGUCAAUCCUAUCACGGGCAUGGUUUUGAACUCAUCAGAACUGAGGCAUAUUAUUCAAACAAACGUCCUGAAUAUAAUCGAUCAUAAAAAUCUGGAUUUGGAUGUCAAGUAUUUUCGCGAAGCUAACCUGGUGAGCACUUCGGAAAACAUUGUAAUAUUUAUUUGGAAAUGCCUACGGUCUGCUAUUGACCCCAAAUUGACGCUUGAAGUUAAGCUAUAUGAGACCGAAAGCAACAUAUUCUGUUAUCGUGGUGACUAA